CUGGCAGAAUGUGAGAUGGGAAGUCGCGCUCGCCGGCUCGCUCCCUGCUUCCCUUGUGGUAGAUCCUCGCCUCGUUUUGCGUCCAUAAUCCGCUUCAUUGCUUCUCUCCGUCACGUGAUGCUCGAUGUCUCACUGCGACCGAGAGAAAAAGCGGGAGAAAGCAUACCUGCCAUUUUGUCUUCUCGAAGGACGAUGCAGCGGAGGUUUCGCUCUGCAGCUGCUCUCUUAUUGGCGCUGCUUGUGCUGCUGAGUGAAGCCGCGCCUGAAUCUCUACCCUCUGUGGCCCCUACAGACGAAUGUGGAACAAGGCCGCUUGUGGAUGAGACAGCAACAGGGAGUCGGAUUAUAGGUGGACAGGACACUAAGCGUGGGGCAUGGCCAUGGCAAGUUAGUCUUCAAAUUUAUCACAAUGGUUCAGGAAGAUACUUUCAUGUAUGUGGUGGAUCUUUAAUUAAUAAAAACUCUGUGCUGACAGCAGCACACUGCGUUAGAAGCAGGAAACCAGAGCUUUGGAGGAUUGAGAUUGGCUUACAUCAACUUUAUAGAGACAAGCAUCGUACUGUAAAGAGCCGGGUUAGAGCUAUCAUGGCCCAUUGUCGUUACAAUAAUAAAACCCAUGAAAAUGAUAUUGCCCUGUUUAAAUUAAGGCAAUCUAUCACAUACAAUGACUAUAUUCAGCCUAUCUGUUUACCUGAAACUCCUCUUGUCCUGACUGACGACAACCCAUGUUACAUAAGUGGAUGGGGACUGAAAAAGGAGAAUGGUACUCCAAGUUAUAUAUUGCAAGAAGCUCAAGUACACGUUUUUCCACGACAAGUCUGUAAUAGGUAUGACUGGUAUGCUGGGGCAUUAUCAAGGAAUGAACUUUGUGCUGGCUCUGAAAGUGGACGUGUUGAUAGCUGCCAGGGAGACAGUGGUGGUCCUCUGAUGUGUUACUUCCCAAAUAAAAUCAAGUAUUAUCUGGUAGGAAUCACCAGUUAUGGCGUUGGCUGUGGCCGACCAAAAUUACCAGGAAUCUAUGUACAUACAGCUAAUUACAGAAGUUGGAUAGAUUCACGCCUGCUUGGCAAAACCUCCGCUGUGAGCAUUCCAGAUUGUGGGACAAGGCCUCUUGAGGAUGAGAUGACAACAUGGAUUCGGAUUGUAGGUGGACGCGAUGCUCAGCCAGGGUCAUGGCCGUGGCAAGUUAGUCUUCAAGUUUACCGCUUUGGUGUAGGAUAUCAUCAUACAUGUGGUGGAUCUUUAAUUAAUAACAACUCAGUGCUGACAGCAGCACACUGCAUUAAAAAAUGGACGGAUCCAGGAUUUUGGAGGGUUGUAAUUGGCUUGCAUCAUCUUUAUGACUACGAACCUCCUACUAUAAGGCGCCAUGUCAGAGCUAUCAUAAUGCAUUCUGGUUUCAAGAAGAGCACCUAUGAAAAUGAUGUUGCCUUGUUUAAACUACAAAGACCUAUCAAAUUCAAUGAGUAUAUUCAGCCCAUCUGCUUACCUAACACUACUACUCAUCUAGUAUCUGAUGAGUACCCUUGCUACAUAGCUGGAUGGGGAAACACAAUGGAGAAAGGUACAGCCAAAUAUAUUUUACAAGAAGCUCAAGUUGAUGUUAUUCCACUAUAUAUCUGUAAUAGAUAUGAUUGGUAUGGAGGGGCAAUAUCAUGGAAUAUGGUUUGCGCUGGUUCUGCAAGUGGACAUGUUGAUAGCUGCCAGGGAGACAGUGGUGGACCUCUGGUGUGUUAUUUCCCAAAUGAUACCAAGUAUUAUCUGAUAGGAAUCACUAGCUUUGGAGUUGGUUGUGGCCGACCAAAACUUCCAGGAAUCUAUAUACGCACAGCAAUGUACAGAGAUUGGAUAGAUUCAGCAGCCAUGUUAUUUAACAGAACUACUACUAAGAGCUUUCAGUGCAUUCUUGUACUUUUUACUGUUGGGUGGGUAACCUUUCAUCUUGUUCUCUGAAGAGGAAAAUUCUCUUACGGUAUUGGAAUUGCCUCAUUUCCCUUUUUAACAUAUUGCUUCCUCUUCCAAACAAGUAUAUUUAGCCAUUUAUUUUUACAGUAAUGAAUGUUCUAUAAUCUAUGCUUUGUACACAGUUGUUAACUUUGCUGAACUAAGUUGAAAAAUCCUUAAUUAAAAAAAUGUAAACCCAAAAGGCCUUGUGCAGUUACAAUUGUAUGCUUUAUGGGCCUUAAAUUAUAUGACGAUUAUUGUACUGCUGGGUUGAAAGAAAAGAACAUGGUUUAAAAAAAACAUGCAGAAAAUGAUAAUUUAACGUGUGAAAGAAAUGCUUUUCUUUUUGUAGGGGACUAAGUUAGUUUAUUGAUAUAUGGUCACAGAUCCAUUAAAAUAAAUGAAAUACAUAAUAAAACAUCAAAAUAGUUCAAAUACAGAAAUGCCAAAGAUAAAACAUAAAAGAUUAUAAUUUAAAAAAAGAAUCCUCUUACGACUCCUUUGGGCAAAGAAGAGGAACUUGGCCGCUGACCCUGUUGCAAGCUUAUUGGUAUCUGCCAGAAAAGUUCCUCAUAACAGGGCCAAGUAGUCUGUUACAUUCCUCCCUAUAAAAAUUACAUGCAAAAAAAGUGAUCUAAUGAUUCAACAACUUCAUAUCCACAGGGGCACAGCCAAUCCUCAUAAAGGGUACCUUGGUACCGCCCUUCCAAGAGUGCAGAAGAGAGACUAAAUCUAGCUCUAGAAAAAACAUGGUGAUACUUAGGGAUAGUUAGAUUCGCCAAAUAACUACCAUAUUUGGGAAGCUGCAAACUCAGAUGAAAACGAAUAGGGGAACAGAUUUUACGUGCAUUUGAUACAGAAUACUGUAUUGAAAAUCAAUAUCCUUUGAUCUAAAAUAAAUUUAGCAGCCCUGAAAUCUUGUGUGUGAAGGAAAUCUAUAGAAAGACCUAAUAAAUGCAAUUUAGUAAUAAAAGAUUUAAACCAGGAGCUGGUACAAACAUCUUUCUGAAGAAGACUUAAAUAUUCUAAAGAUGGGUUACUGUAAACAACCUUAAGCCAAUAUCUGAAAGCAAAGGACCAAGCAAAGCAUUCAAUGGAUGCAAGGCUGGCCUCAAGUCAUAGACCUGAAGCUGUGACACAUCUUGGCAUUCUGAAGAGAGAUCUCAGGAAUCUUGAAAGAACACUCCACAGCUGAAUUAAAUCCCUGGAUCCAAAUCGGAACACCUUACAGUAGUUGGGGCAAAUUUUUAGCCUUAAAUACCUGAAAGGCAGCAGGCAUAUAUUGAGCCCCCUUGGUAUAGAAAAAAUGAAAAACUGCCUUAACUGUAUUCUUACCUACCUGCACUGUAUACUGUCUGUGGGGGGUCCAAGAAAUAUUAGAAAAAAACAUAAUGCCCAAAUAUUUAAACGCUUGACUUGAUCUAUGUGUUGCCCGUCAAUUGUCCACUUAUUUGCCUGAGCACACCAAGAAAAAAAACAUAAUCUUUGUUUUACUAAAAUUGUCAACAAGUUGCCCUUACAAUAAGUCACAAAAACACAAAGUAAAUGCUUGAGACCUAUUUUUGAUAGGGACAUAAGGACUGCGUCAUAUGCAUAUAAUAAUAAUGGGCAUUUAGUCUCUGCCAGUUUUGGAGGGUGAAAAUCAGAUGUUAAACUAUAUCCAACCAAAUCAUUUAGAUGGAGAUUGCAUAAUGAAGGGGCUAAUAUGCAACCUUGAUGAACUCCCUUAGUGGCAGAAACAGAAUUUGUCAAAUUACCUUUUAGUCCACACCUUACUCGAAGCAUAGUAUUCUGA